UACAUAUCACCUGUUCGUUCGUUUAGACUGUUAGAACAGAAUCUCGAAAAACCGUUUCUCUGUGUGUUUCCAUGGGCGACCAAAGCACCACACCCACCACCACCGCCAACGGUGGUCUGUUGGAGACGAGCAAGUCGGACAGAGCCGUGUGGCUCAUGAAAUGCCCUCCGGUCGUCUCUCGCUCCUUGCAAUCUUCUGUACCUCCUCCUCCUCCUCUUCCUCCUCCUGAAGCUUCCUCCGAUUCUUCUAUCCCUGUCGCCAAGGUCAUCGUCUCCAUCGACCCUCUUCGUUCCAAUGAGGACCCCUCUGCUCGUCAGUUCACCAUGGAAUUGGCUAGCACUGAAUCUGGAAAUGUACCCAAGUGUUACUCUAUGGACAUGUCCACGGACUUCAUCCCAAUGUCUGUGUUUUCUGAAUCAUCCGAAGGAAGGUUUUCUGUGGAGGGGAAAAUAUAUCACAAAUUUGACAUGAAGCCUCAUAAUGAAAACCUUGAUGAGUAUGGGAAACUCUGCCGUGAGCGGACAAACAAGUAUAUGACAAAAACCAGACAAAUACAGGUGAUUGACAAUGAUAAUGGAUCACAUAUGAGGCCAAUGCCAGGGAUGAUGGGUCUCAAGGCUUCUGGACCCAGUGAAAAGAAGAAAAUUCCAGGGAAGGGGUCAGAGGUGAAAAGAACGAGAAGGGACCGCGGAGAGAUGGAAGAGAUUAUGUUCAAGCUCUUCGAGAGGCAACCAAAUUGGACUUUAAAACAACUGCUCAGUGAGACAGACCAACCUGAACAAUUUCUGAAAGAUAUGCUUAAAGAUUUGUGUGUCUAUAACAACAAGGGAAGUAAUCAAGGGAGUUACGAGCUCAAACCAGAAUACAAGAGAUCGGGCGAGGAAACAGAUCCCAAGACCUAACUAGUUCCUGUGAUGUUGAUUUACUAAUCCAAAUGCUUUCCAUCCUGUUCAUAUAUAGUUUUGCUUAUUCCCAGACUCCAUCAUUGUCCAUUCCCCUUUCCCUCCAAUCGUAGUUCUUCUCAGCAAGUGAGGUGGAUGACCAGAAACAGAAUGACAUUUCUACUGAUUUGUUGAUGUCUAGUUUCAAGUUUUCCUUCUCUCAGUCCACUUUUCCAUGAAACCUUAUUUGCUGAUAGCUCUCUAAGUAUUGAUUCCCAGGCGCUCUAGUUUCUUUCUUGUUCUAUGUUUCUCUGUACAGACUCUCGUCGUUUUGAUUAAACGAAACCCUUGGUUGCCGGAACUGUUAGAUGUUAAUCAAUGACUUCGAUUUCAUAUAAAUGGGAUCAACAUUUUGAACACGGUGAA